CUCAUAUGGCACACGAUUUUUUUGGUGUAUAAAAGGACACACAAAUUAGAAUGCCUUAUAGUUUAAAAUUGUUUUUUCUAGUAGAUAGAUCUAGUAAAGUUCAAAAUGUUUAAAAUUUUGAUUUUCUCUUGUGUCCUUGUGAUUUGUAGCGCUGCAAAUAUAGGAUUCACCGGCUUUGGAGCAUCAGGAGGUGCUGGGGGAAGCAAUGGCGGUUCUGGUAAUUCUGGAGAUGCCGGGAACGCAGGAUCCAUGUCGGGAGGUAACAAUGGAGGAAACAAUGGUUUCGCAGGUGGAAAUAGCUUUAACGGAUACUCCUUCGGCAUAAUCACUGGCUCCGGACCCGGAAAUACCGGUGACGCGAGUGGCACCACUCCAGGAGGAGCUUCAGGAUCCAUGGGAGCCAACGGAGCAUCAGCUGGACCAGCCGGUAGCUUUGGAGGCUUCAAUUUCGGAGACCCUAACUCUUCUGGCAGUUCAAACGGCGCCGGCGGCGGAUUUGGAGGAUCGAAUGGCAAUUUUGGCGGUUUUAACUUCGGAAAUGCCGGCGGUUUCUUUAGAGGUGGAUCUGGAAAUAAUGGAGGUUCAAAUGGAAACUCUGGUGGAGGUUUUAGUUUUGGAAACGCCCCUGGCUUAUUUGCUGCUGCAUCUGGACCUAACGGAGGUCCAGGAGGUUCGAAUGGAAACGGUGGAAACCCGGGAAAUAACGGCGGUUCUUUUGGUGAUGCUGGAUCAGCUGGGGGCAACGGAGGUUCAAAUGGACCUGCCGGAAGCUUCGUAGGGUUCACUUUCGGAAACCCAGGUGGUUUCUUUGGAGGUCCAGGUGGAGCAAAUGGAAUGAAUUCGGGUAAUGCUGGAAGUUCUGGAGGUAACGGAGGUCCAAACGGAGCAGCUGGUGGCUCUAAUAUGGGAGUAGGAGGUGGCGCAAGUGGCGCAGGUGGAAAUUUUAUGGGCUUUGGUGGUUCCGGACCCAAUAACGGAGGACAGGGAGGUUCAAAUGGAGGUACCAAUGGUGGAAUGGGAGGUGAUAAUAACUCUGGUGGAGGUAAUGAUAAUAGCAGACAUACAUCUAUUAGUUUUGCAGCCAUUCCUGCCGGACCUCCUAUAGUUUACCCGACAGCUUUCAGUAGCCAAUCUCGUUUUGAUGUGGUACAUCCAGGAUCGAUUGUUCAAAGUACUGUAUCACAAGUACCAGUGGUUGGAGCACAUAUCACACCAGUAGCGUUCACCAUUGGUCAUCAUCACCAUCACCAUGGAAGUUAUUAAUCCACUUCCAAGAUUUUUUUACCAUUUUCUACGCUUAUAUUUCAAUUAAGAGUCUAUAGA